UUGUGGAGCAGCACAACGAGCGCGAGCCACACUCACUCACUCACUCACACACUCACACACACACACACACACACACACACGCGCGGGAGCGACGGAGAGUAACGAGUCUGACCAGCUAACGCUAACUAGCGCCAACUAACGCUAACCAACCAACGACAAGACACGCGUUCACUGACAGCAACUGGCAGCCAUGGAGGAGCAGACGCGUCUUGUCCUUUGGCUGCAACUUUUCUCGGCUUGCCUGGUGUUCGGGGUGAACGGCGAUUACUGCAAGGUGAAUGUCUGCGUCAAUGGGGGGACCUGUGUGACGGGGGCCGGAACUCCCCACAUCUGCAUCUGCCCCGACGGCUUCACUGGAGACAACUGCAACGAGACGGAGACCGGGCCGUGCAACCCCAACCCGUGCAGGAACGAGGCCAUCUGCGAGCUGACGGGUCAGUCCCGCCGAGGCGACGCCUUCAGCGAGUACGUCUGCAAGUGCCAGUCGGGCUUCGACGGCGUCCACUGCCAGAACAGUGUCCAAGGGGCCGAUUUAAGUUCCAAACCAGAUGUCAACGACUGCGCCAGCCAGCCCUGCGGCAACGGCGGCACCUGCAGGGACCUGGAGGGAGAUUUCAAAUGCAACUGCCCCUCCCCUUAUGUGGGCAAACGUUGCCAGCUACGCUGUAUUUCUCUGCUCGGCAUGGAGGGAGGGGGCAUCGCCGAGUCCCAGAUCUCUGCGUCAUCGGUGCGUUAUACCAUGCUGGGCCUGCAGCGCUGGGGACCCGAGCUGGCCCGCCUUCACAACAAGGGGCUGGUUAACGCCUGGAGCGCCGCUGCCCACGAUAAGAACCCAUGGAUGGAGAUCAACAUGUUUAGAAAGAUGCGCUUUACAGGCAUCGUGAUGCAGGGCGCCAGUCGUAUUGGAACAGCCGAGUUCAUUAGGUCCUUCAAGGUGGCCUACAGCCUGGACGGCAAGACGUUCACCACGUACAGAACCAACAGACAGCGGCGGGACAAUUUGUUUGUCGGAAACGUGGACAACGACAGCACCAAGACGAACUUGUUCGAUCCCCCAAUCGUUGCCCAGUACAUCCGCAUCAUCCCUGUGGUGUGUCGCAAGGCCUGCACCAUGCGCAUGGAGCUGGUGGGGUGUGAGCUCAACGUGUAUUCCAACACUUCAGGUUGUUCGGAGCCGAUGGGCAUGAAGUCCCGCUUGGUGUCCAACCGCCAGAUCACGUCCUCCAGCACCUUCCGCACCUGGGGCCUCGAGGCCUUCACCUGGCACCCCCACUACGCCCGGCUGGACAAACAGGGAAAGACCAACGCCUGGACCGCCGCCGCCAACAGCCGGGCGGAGUGGCUGCAGGUGGACCUCGGCUCUCCCAAGAAGAUCACGGGGGUCAUCACACAGGGGGCCAAAGACUUUGGCUCCAUCCAGUUUGUCACGGCCUUCAAAUUGGCUUACAGUGAUGAUGGGCGGUCCUGGACAACCGUGAAGGACGAGAGGACCGGGGCGGACAAGAUCUUCCCGGGCAACAGCGACAACAACGUUCACAAAACGAACAUCUUCGAGCCGUCGUUCUACAGCCGCUACGUGCGCAUCCUGCCGUGGGAGUGGCACGAGCGCAUCACCCUGCGGAUGGAGCUUCUGGGCUGUGACGAGUAGUCCAGGUCCAGCCCCUCCUUUUUUCUACCUCCUCAUCCCUCCCUCCCUCUCUCCUUAUUCCCCCCCCCCCCCCCCCCCCCCCCCAACCCCCCUGAGCCACACCUGCACUGCCUUGCUCUCACCACCAGGGGGAGGCAAACCCCAGGGUAGCACACAACCACCUCCUGGCUGGUUGGCGGUGGGAGAAGUUGCCCCAAACCACUGUUACCAGUUGAGCUCACAGCCCUUUGUUCCUUUCCUGAAUCGAUCGCUCCUCUUUUCCACCUGAACCAAAUAUGUGAUCGAAGCAAAUAAUGCUUUCUGCUCUUUAGUUGCAGGAAAGACUACAAAUUGAUGCCAAAUGGUUAAAAAACUGAUUUGCCGUAUAUCUGUUUCAAAAUGAAGAGGCUGAACAUUUGAAUCUUUAUACGUUUCAGUGUUUCUCACAUUCCUCCUCAGUGGUUUGGACAGUAACACCCUUCAUUAGUUUAAACCUCUUCAGAGGGUUCACAUCCAACAUGUUGACAAAGAAUUCAGUAACAACUAUUUACCCGCUUCUUAUUCCUCUUUAAAGCCAAGACGCCUCAUUCGGAGGCGAUUCAAGACAAAUCUGUGUGAAUCACUUUGUGCCAACGCACCCUCAGACUUUUGUUUAUGUGGAUUUCUUUAGAAAUAAAACCCAGUUUACGGAAAACCGACACACAACACGCAGAACAAAGGAACGUUUACAGCCAUCAGAUCUGGUGUUGUGGGACAUUAAAGUCAGUCAACCAUCACAGUCGGAUCUGUUGAGCAGCGCAGCAGAUGUGGGCCUGACAGCCCGAGGAUGUGAUGAACAGAAAGAGUCUCAGAUCCUUGUUGAUUUUUAAAGGGAAGAGACGCUUUAUUCCUCCUGAGGAAUGUCACGACAGCCGCGGACGGAGCUCUACAUGCUGUCAUCAGCUGGUAUGACAUCAUACACACAACAUUUUUAAAGUCGUCCACAAAGAGGAUUAAACACUGGAGCAUUAUUUACCAAAAUGCACACAUUUAUGGUCCGUCUAGGUUUAAUUUGGCCCGUCUUUAACAGGCUGUUGUUGAGAUUAUCACAGAAAGUCCAUUUCACUGCUGACAGCUUUCGAUGAGCAUCACAAAUAAAGAGAUUGACAAUUGUUUUGCGGCUGCAAGUUUAAAAUUGAUUUAUGGUUGUUAUCGUCUUACUGCUCUUAAUCUACAGAGAAUGCUACUGAAACGUUCCUUAUUCUCCAUCACGCAUACACACACACGGCUGUGCUUUGAGUGGUCUUCACAUAGCUUCACUUCAUUUAUGGCACCUUGAUGUUUGUGUUUUUGACAUUUUGAAAUAUCUAAAAAUAACUCAAAAGAACAAACCGUGUAGUUGAAGAACAAACGUAGAAGCGAAAGAUAAACAUUCCCCUGGUUGAGUUGCCGUGGUUUGGUUGUGUAGUGUGAAUCUGUGACGUGCACAUCCACAGCUCCGCUGCUCUGAGGUCAGUUUGCAGCAUCCAUUCAGGGUCCCACAUUAAGCCUGCAGAUCACAGCUGAGGCGCCGCUGAUAACACAGAGAGGCAAACCAAAUCAAAAGAGAUUUUUUACGGUUGCACUGGACAUGUGAUGCGACCCGCCGCGUCGUCUGACCCCCCCCCCCCGUCGCAGUGUCCCAAAACCUCUCCCACCCCAUGAAUUAUGAAUUAUGGGCGCGUGCAAUAUUAUAGCGGGUUAGUUUAGAUAAUCAUAAGUAUUCAUAUUAAUUCAGGAUCCUUAGAAACAUGCAUGAGGGGACACCCGAGAGGUCGAGGCGUCAAACACUGUACAAUAUUUCUUAUUGUUGCAGACGGUUCCUUGAUCCCCCCCCCCCCCCCCCCCGCUUGUUAUCCACACUGCAUGCAUGUCAAUGACUAGUGUUACUGAGCUGAAACAAAAGAGCUUCAUUUGGUUUUCUCCAUGUUUCGAUGUUCAUUAACAUUAACAAGUAUUGUAGAUAUCUUUGUUUCUCCACUGUUCAGGUAUUCUGUGAUUAGAAGAAAAUGUUUGUGGUGUUAAAGGAUUUCUUGCUCUUCUGACUGUUGACCUCAUAGAAGUUUGACUGGAUUG